GAGAUCUAAGCAGUCAACUGCACAAGACUACAUCAGUCCGAUCUUGAAGAGUGGGAAAUAGAUCACCCUCAGAUCAUGUUGCGCCCAAAGGAAGGCGCUCCUGGUAAGUAGCCAUCAAUUUCCUCUCAAAUGCACAUCUAUGACAUGUGAGCUUGAUUACAAACUAUUUGAAGUCCUCCAAAGACAGGUUUCAACUGCCAUUCAACUUCAAUUGCCUAUACUCUAUGACAAUGCCUUUCAAAUGUCGAUUAUUCUACUGAUAUCUUAAAUGUUAUCGGCGCGACCAACGGCGCGACCAAUGAAGCCUCUGCUGGUGCCUCAACCUAUAUCGGAGCGAUCCUACCAUUCACCUCUACAAGAUCAUCAGGAGUGGGCCACUUCUUGGGCUCUAACAGUUGUUCUUCCCGUUUAAAUAUCCUGUUGGUGUAAGCACACAGCAUACCAUCGUUUACUGAACGUAGUUUGCUAAUUUUCUCGUCGCAGUCCCUGUUACCAACUCUGCUCACCCUAGAUGGUGUGAGUAUACAAAGGAACAUCUAACGCAUGCUCCCAAGGGAGGCAUGUAAGUCUCACCAAUUGAAAUAAACAGACUAGCUCAAUUCAUUAGCGACGAAGCUGUUGAACCCAAAACUUCCCUACCAAAACUCGUCCAAAUCUUGACGGUUAGGUUCUCUUGCUACGAAGAGCCUACCCGUGAAUCCGAAUCCGUCAAGGCGAUUUGGCAAUUGAUCCGAAAAUUAGAUCCACACUACGAAACCUGUCUCAAAAGGAGAGAAAUGGCCAACAAGAUGGACGAAUUGACCAACGAUUAUUUAACUUACGACAUUGCGUCCGAUACCAAUAAACGUACCAGUAUAUCUGUGCCUGGUGACACUUCUCGCUCGAAGCCCGCCCAAUGGCAACUAUGAAAGGGCCAAACGUCAGCCAUACUCAGAAGCCUGGUGCUCAGCCUGUUGCCGGCUUUGCUGCUAUUGGGCAGAGCUACACAAACGCAUCUUCUCGCCACAAUAGGAGUCAGCCGUAUGCCUUCGGUCUGUCUGGUGAUAGAGUUACUGUCAUUCAGACUAUUUCUCAGCCUGGUGAAAGCCUGGUGAAAGCCCUCUCUUUGAUGGCGGGAAUUCCGUCGAUUGGGAUAGAGUUGGUUGUAUAAAUCGAUAUUUCCUAGGAUUUCAGGGAUUCCAGGGAUAUCAGGGAGAUUGUGGAAAGAGACAUGUGGAAAGUAACCAUUGGGAAGGGGGAUGUGAGAUACCUUGGGCUUUAUUCGGUGUUGGUGGUUCUUUAUGAGUCUUUGGGUUCUUCGAGGUGGUGAUUGAUUAAUUGGGAUAUUUAUUGGGUAUUAAAAAUAAG